GACCACAAACCACACGCCUUCCGACCUCACCCCCUCAUCAUCGUCCUCUCUCCCCACAAUGCGCACCGUCCAGGCUCUCCGUCCCCUUCUCCGCUCCGCCGCCGUCCGCCCCCUCGUCGCGCAACGCGCCCCGCUCGCCCUCGCACAGACCCAAACCCGUCUGUACUCUGCCCACAAGGAGGAGACGUUCGAGUCUUUCACCGAGCGUUAUGUCCAGUUCUUCGAGGAGGCUGAAGACUUGUUCGAGGUUCAGCGCGGUCUGAACAACUGCUUCGCGCACGACCUUGUCCCUGCCCCCGCGGUCUGCGAGUCUGCGCUCCGUGCGGCUAGGAGGGUGAACGACUUUGCGACGGCUGUGAGGAUCUUCGAGGGCAUUCAGGAGAAGGUGGAGAACAAGACGCAGUAUCAGGCGUACUUGGAUGAGCUGAAGCCGAUUAGGGAGGAGUUGGGCAUUGCGACAAAAGAAGAGCUUUUCACCGCGUCUUCCUAGAGAGGUUGCACCGUACCCGUUCCGCUUUAUCGUCAUUCUUAACCACAACGUUUGUUGUUUUUCACCCAACCCAAUACAUGUUUUCACCUUGAUGGAUUUGGACUAUGAAACAAUGAAUCGUUAUGUCAAGCCGUCCACGACAUUGUGCCCUUACCUGGAGUGUCUGCCCGGAGCGGACUCCUCCACGUAUAACCAACGAAAUACUCCGAACUUCUCACCAGUUCUCACCUCUUCAGGACCGUUCUGCGUAUCGACUACGACGAGUCGGCAGUGACUGCGUCUUGUUAGAAUUGUUCGGCGAUCUAUAGACAACCUGUCUAUCGUAUACAAACGGUUCUGUCAGGAGGAUUCGUGCUCGCCUUAUCGCUUAC